AUGCAAGACGAAUCCAUUGACUUGAGGCGAGAGGACUUAGAAAUAGACACCGAAAAUGAUUUUCUUGGGGAAGGUUCGUUUGGCAUUGUUUACAAAGCUCGGUUGAAAGGUUCUGUAGUUGCGGUUAAAGUGCCCAAAGACGAGAUAAGUAGGGAGGUUCUAGCAUCCUUCAGAAAAGAAAUGGAAUUGAUGAAACAGUCACACAGCCCAAACGUGGUACUGUUCAUUGGGAUUUCAAAAGAUGGGAACAACCCCAUAUUUGUCACUGAGUUUGUGAAGUCUGAUUUGGACCAUUUCGUACACGACCGAGACACUCUCCCAAUUGAAUAUUUAAAGAAGAAGUUUGAUCUUUCUCUUAAAUUUGAUUUGUUCCAUCAGUGUUGUGUUGGAGUACAGUGGCUCCACAAUAGACUCAACUUGAUACACAGAGAUAUUAAACCCGCCAAUUUCUUGUUAGACGAGAACUUUUUAGUGAAGGUGUGCGACUUUGGGUUUGCAGAGAGUGUCAAAGAGUCGAAACAUGAAGACAAAGGGUCACCCAUAUACUGUGCGCCAGAAGUUAUGGAUUACGACGGAACUCAUCCAUAUAGUAAAGAGAUUGAUAUAUAUUCCCUUGGUAUCACGAUGUGGGAACUGUUCUAUGAAGGCUACCCAUUUGGUGAACGACCCGAAAUUGAUACGCGAGAGCGAUUAAUAUAUGAAUUAAAAAGAGGAGUCCGACCGACUUUGCCGAUUACCUUUGUAGAGAAAUAUGGAAAAGAUAGUAGUCAAAAGGCGAUUCUUGAGUAUGCACAGAAUACUUUGGGACGUUUUUCUAUCGAAAUUCCAAGAACAGUCGAGGACUUGAUAGCUACUUGUUGGGACAGCGAUGGCAAAAAAAGACCGGAUAUCAACCAACUCACUGAAAGUGUCCAAAAAUUGAAAGUGGAAUGCGCACUUGGAAAUGCGACAGCCUCCGAGUGGUGGAAGAAGACGUUUGAGAAGAAAGGGAUAAGUGAGGACAGUGUUCUUGUUGAAGACUUUGUGAAGGCGCUUCAAAAGGCUUUCAAACCAAAAGACACUGUUAUUCAGUUGUUAAAACAGAACGUCGGAAUUUCAAACGAAGUCGAUUUGCAACGAUUUGAAUAUUUGACGGCUUCUUUUGGGAACUUUUACAACAACAAAGAUGCCUUCAAAAAGAUGGUUGAAGCAUAUGGCUCGGAUUGGUGGUUCCCUUUUUAUUCAAAAGAAGAAGCUGUUUCGCAAUUAGAAGGAAGAGUUGAUGGCACUUUUCUAGUGAGAGAAAGCACAAGUGUUAAAGGAUCUCCUUUUACCAUUUCAAAGAGAACUCGUGGUAAAACUACACAUGUCAGAAUCAACACAAGGGCGGUUGGUAAAGGUCUCGAGUACUCUGUUGCUUUACAAACUAGUAAAACGGUACACUCCGACUUGUGUACACUCAUCACUGCACUCAUGGCUAUGAGUGUGAUUUCAGAACCGUGCACAAAGGAGUCGGCUCCUUCUCAAUAUUAA